AUGGGCCGGCGGAGAGCGGCAGGUCCCGAGACCCUCGGCCGGGCUCUUAUUCGCCAGAAGACUCAGCGAAGCCGUAACCACCGUCACAGCGACUUCUGGUUGCACACAAGUGAGCUCAAUGAUGGCUAUGAUUGGGGUCGUCUUAAUCUUCAGUCAGUGACUGAACAGAGCUCCCUGGAUGAUUUCCUUGCGACUGCGGAACUUGCAGGAACAGAGUUUGUAGCUGAGAAGCUUAAUAUCAAGUUUGUGCAUCCUGAGGCUAGAACUGGACUGCUAUCUUUUGAGGAGAGCCAGAGAAUUAAGAAACUCCACGAAGAAAACAAACAGUUCUUGAGUGUGCCACGGAGACCAAAGUGGGACAAAAACACUAGUCCAGAAGAACUCAAACAGGCAGAGAAAGAUAACUUUCUAGAAUGGAGACGUCAACUUGUCCGGCUAGAAGAGGAACAAAAAUUGCUGUUGACUCCAUUUGAAAGAAAUUUGGACUUCUGGCGCCAGCUCUGGAGGGUGAUUGAGAGAAGUGAUAUCGUGGUCCAGAUAGUAGAUGCUCGAAACCCACUCCUGUUUAGAUGUGAGGAUUUGGAAUGUUAUGUGAAGGAAAUAGAUGAUAAUAAGGAAAACGUCCUUCUGAUAAAUAAGGCCGAUUUGUUGACUGCUGAGCAGCGGAGUGCCUGGGCCACAUACUUUGAACAAGAAAAUGUGAAGAUUAUCUUCUGGUCAGCUUUGGCUGAAGCCAUUCAACUAAUUGGUGACUCUGAGGAGCAGGUGAAAGGGGAUGCUGGAGAAACCAACACAGCCGAGUCCGAAAAAUCCAGUUGUGAUGAGGCUGUGGUCUCAUGCAGUGAGCCCGGACAUCUCCCAGACACCAGUUCCCUCGCACUCAGUGACGUUGCCCCUAGCGAUGAAGACUCCAGUGAGUAUGAGGACUGUCCGGAGGAGGAGGAAGAGGUUUGGCAGACAUGCUCGGAAGAGGAUAGCAAUCCUGACGAAGAGGCCUGUGGCCUGGACUGGCAGGGAAGCUGUCCUGUGGAUUCUGAGGCUCUGAGUAGGAAGACCCUGCGGAAGGAGUGCACACACAAUUUUACCCACCUGGUAUCGAGGCAGGAAUUGUUGGAGAUCUUUAAGCAGCUGCACACUGGGAAGAAGGUGAAAGACGGACAACUUACAGUUGGACUGGUGGGCUACCCAAAUGUUGGUAAGAGUUCCACAAUCAACACCAUCAUGGGUGACAAGAAAGUGUCUGUGUCUGCCACACCUGGCCACACCAAGCAUUUCCAGACCCUCUAUGUGGAACCCAGCCUCUGCUUGUGUGACUGCCCCGGCCUGGUGAUGCCAUCCUUCGUCUCUACUAAGGCAGAGAUGAUUUGCAGUGGAAUCCUCCCAAUUGACCAAAUGAGAGACCACGUCCCCCCUGUGUCACUAAUAUCCUUUCUGCUUUCCUAUGUUUGCCAGAAUAUUCCAAGACAUGUCUUAGAAGCUACCUAUGGCAUUAAUAUCAUAAAGCCUAGAGAGGAUGAAGAUCCGCAUCGACCUCCAACAUCAGAAGAACUAUUGACAGCUUAUGGAUACAUGCGAGGAUUCAUGACGGCGCAUGGGCAGCCGGACCAGCCUCGGUCUGCUCGCUAUAUCUUGAAGGACUACGUCAGCGGUAAACUUCUGUACUGUCAUCCUCCUCCUGGAAGAGACCCUGUGAUCUUUCAGCAGCAACACCAGCGACUCCUAGAGAACAGAACAAAUGGUCGCGGACUGAAAAUCCAUUCAGGCAGAAGUAAAAAAAUAAUACAGAUUGAAAAUAUAGUUGAUAAAACUUUUUUUCAUCAAGAAAAUGUGAGAGCUUUGACCAAAGGAGUCCAGACUGUGAUGGGCUACAAGCCAGGGAGUGGCCUGGUGACUGCAGCUACUAUGAGCUCUGAGAGCAGGGCUGGGAAGGCCUGGAAAAAACAUGGCAACAGAAAUAAAAAAGAGAAAAGUCGCCGACUCUACAAGCACCUGGAUACGUGAACUUGGGCUGUGACAGAAAUGGCAUCUGCCUUGUGCAUCCAGAAUAGAAGAGGAGUUGUUCUGGCCUGCGAUGCCGUGGCCGCACCAAACAGUCUGUAUCUAGACGGAGAGGCUCCUUGGGGCACAGACUCUCACACAGUCAUCAUGGAGCCCCAGAAACCUUGUCCUGUAGAAGGCUGAACUUAAGAUGAGGGAACGAAUGAGUGUAUGUGUGCAAGAACAGAUACACCGAUGCAUACUAAUUUGUAAGUUGGGGGUUUUUUGGAAAAGUACUAAAAUUAAAUUGCCACUGACAGAUGUUUUAUUGGUUUAUGUAGAUACACUGCCAUUUGGACAUUUCACGUUCUUUAAACAGUUUGAAUUUGCAAGACAUGACUGGGAUUUUAGAUGGCUUCUUGGGGGAACAUUGUUUAGGUUAAUGAUUCUCAACCUCACACAUACCCAGCACACCCCUGGGAUGACAUAAGGCAUAUCAGAUCUUGGAAUAGGGGACUGGCGUGUGUAGUUUCCAGAAACUUCUGGAGAGCACGACCUUCCAUGGAAAAUCACCAUCAACAGGAGCUGCUACUACAGAAGGAAGCAAGGGGGUUUCUGUGGCUAACUGCAGGGGUGAGAAAAUCGGGGGAUAAGCAGCUAGUUUUUGUUUUAGUCAUAGGGAUUCCUGAUCACCUUGGUACUUAAAACCAUCAAGAAUGACAAAGGCAGGGGCACCUGGGUGGCUCAGUCCAACGUCUGCCUUUGC